ACACUGAGUACGAAACUGAGUGAAUAAAAAAACGUUUUGACAGCAGUUAGUGCGGCACUGGGGUUGAAACUGAACAAAAACGAAUUCGCUAUUAGAGUGUAAAAAAAGUUCACUGUUUACAUAAAAGCAACCUCGAAUCGGUCCCACUUUUUUGCUUGAAGUUACUAUCCCCGGUAAAAUUUAUAAGUAAACAAAUCAUCUCGAAUAUCUUGUUCCAAUUACCAUUGCCGAAGGAUAAAUUAAAACUAAAUCAAAAACAUGGAUUACGAACUACGUAAUAUGAAAGAUGUGCUAGGAUUAUAUAACAAAGUGACUGAGUUGUGUUUCACUUCCUGUGUGGACAAUUUCUUCGGUCGAGAUUUGAGCCAAGACGAAGUUCGCUGUGCGGAACGGUGUGUCGGCAAGUUUAUCAACCUGAACCAGCGGCUGAUGCAGGUUUACGUGGGUGUGCAGGGAGAAAUCAACCAGCGGAGAAUGGUCGAAUUCGAAGCCCAACAGGCAAAGCUAGCGGAGAUUCAACAACAACAGCAGGUGCAGAGCCAGCUUCUGGCCGACGCGAGUGGUGGUGCACCGGAGGAAACUGCUAAUAUCGAAACGGUGGCCAAUUAAGUUUGGGCGGUGUGUGAAAUUCCGAAAUAUAGGCUAAUUUUGUAGAAGGUAGAACUAUGAAUAAAAUUUGUUUGAGUGUACUGAUAGGUAUCCCCGGGGCUGGAAAGACUAGCUUCUGCAAUAACUUCCAGCGUUAUUU